AUCAUCCCUCUCUCUCGGACUCGGAGACCACACAAACGUGAGGAAAUUUCAUUUUGCUGCCAACUAACCAUCAAAGCAACCAGUCCGCCAGCACACAUUGUCCACCGCCGAGACAACCGAGUGCAAAUAUGGCUGUCGGAAAGAACAAGAGAUUGUCGAAGGGCAAGAAGGGUCUCAAGAAGAAGACCCAGGACCCCUUCGCCCGCAAGGACUGGUACGGAAUCAAGGCUCCGGCGCCUUUUAACAUCAGGGAUGUCGGCAAGACCCUCGUCAACAGGAGCAGUGGUAUGAAGAACGCCAACGAUGCGCUGAAGGGCCGCAUCUUCGAGGUCUCACUCGCCGACCUCCAGAAGGACGAGGACCACGCAUUCCGCAAGAUCAAGCUCCGGGUCGACGAGGUCCAGGGCAAGAACUGCUUGACCAACUUCCACGGUCUUGACUUCACCAGCGACAAGCUGAGGUCGCUUGUCCGCAAGUGGCAAUCCCUGAUCGAGGCCAACGUCACGGUCAAGACCACCGACGACUACCUCCUCCGCCUUUUCGCCAUUGCUUUCACCAAGCGCCGCCCCAACCAGAUCAAGAAGACCACCUACGCCGCCAGCUCUCAGAUCCGUGCCAUCAGGAGGAAGAUGACCGAGAUCAUCCAGCGCGAGGCAUCUACCUGCACCCUGCAGCAGCUCACCAACAAGCUGAUCCCCGAGGUCAUUGGCCGCGAGAUCGAGAAGGCCACCCAGGGCAUCUACCCUCUGCAGAACGUGCACAUCCGCAAGGUCAAGCUGCUGAAGCAGCCCAAGUUCGACCUUGGUGGUCUCCUGGCCCUGCACGGCGAGUCGACGACAGACGAGCAAGGUCAGAAGGUUGAGAGGGAGUUCAAGGAGCGCGUUCUCGAGGAGGUUUAAAGGGAGCAAUCGGGUGCGUUGUCUUUUGUUGUUGGUCAAGGAAACGGCAUGGGGCACGGUUUUUUCUAUCAGGCAAUACCUCUUUUACCAAAAAAAUAGGGCACGGGGUUUCUUGCUUUUUAUCUCUCUUCGGUUGCAUUUGGCGUGGCAAUAUCAUGGUAAAGCCCAGACAUAGUGCCUUGUACCCCAUGUGUGUGCUGUCUGGGAGGCGCUGCUAUGAAUGAAAAGGAAAUGAACUUUAACGCACCAUUAGCCAGAUUCUUGAAUGGCAAGACAUUUGGAAGCACAGGCGUGAUGUUUUCGUGAAUGUUGGGGAUGUGAUAUAUUUCUGGAGACAAUAGUCUUUCUACAGCGGGGUGGAGUCUUGGACGCUUGCACCUUGGCAUCGG